ACUCAGUAUUCAACGAUGUUUACAAAAUUGGUUCUAUCGCUUUUACCCUUGGUUGUUGUGGCUUAUGACAAGAGGUGCGUUGACUACAUUGCCCAUACCUCAGAAAUUGAAAACUGUUGUUCUAUGCCAAGCGGAUUACCUGAGGAACCGUUUGAGGCCUGCUUAAAAUCAGCAAAGCAGCAAGUUCCAGACAAAAAUAUGAAAAAUAUUUACUCCUGCGCCUUUGAUUGUUACACGAAAGAGCUCGGCAUCAUCGUUAACCAGACUAUUCAAAUGGGCAAAAUCAAAGAGUAUAUGGAGAAGCUGGAGGAAAAAGCCAAAUUGUUCAACACACUCGCUUGGGAUGCUUGUAGUACUGGCAGAUCCGAAUAUCUCGAUUUUCUUCAAGGGCACUCACUGAAGUGUCAUCCUUUUGCGUAUUCGAUGAAGAUUUCGUGUGUCAUGACGCUUAUCAUUGUUCAAUGCCCCGUCGAAAAUUUCAAUCGAAAAAGUGAAAUUUGUCAUGCAUUACGUAACCAAGUGCCCGUUUGUCCUAUUUUUUAAAAUACGCAAGCAAUGGAUCCGAUUACGACGAAUCGAUUUAAUAAUAUCCCCCUGUUUUAACUUCUUAAAAGAGGAAAGAAUGAAAUAAAUAAAUUUUGAGUUACCCAA